AUGCCAUCCACUAGAAGAAUGAAUUCCACUCCACAACCUGCACUCGCAGUCAAAACCACCACACCUGCCAGCUGUCCAUUCAAUUUCGAAAGCAUGUCCUUUGAAGACAUGAUGUCUGCUGCUUCUCAAUAUACUGACAAUGCUUUUUCCUUUGAAAGUUCCAUUUACACUUCCUCUGCAACCUCAACUCCAAAUAACAAGAAGAGAAAGACGAUGGCAUCCUCAAGUGCUUCUUCCUAUGAAGAAUUCAAUGACAAUUGUCAUCUUUCCAACGAUCGAUCAGAAACCAAAGACGAAGAUGAACUCUCUCUUGAAAUUCCAUCCACAAAGAAGAGUAAAAUCGUUGAGAGCUACACUGCUAACAUGUCUCCAACCAAGAAACAAGUUCCUCUCAUUCGAUUGAGUGAAAAGAAGACUCAAGAAGCUUUUCCAACGGAUCCAUUGAAGGCUGACACUUCUUCAAUUUCAGCACUUUCUUUGAAUAUGAAAGAUUGUUUCUCUCAUAUUGAAAACAUUAUGAGCGAGUUGAAUAACGAUGAGACGUUUGGUUCCUUGUGUGUUUCUUCUAAUAACAUUUUCUCGAAGGCUGAUAUGGACCACGCUCUUUCACUUUUGAAUCAAUAG